AUGUCAUCAUUUCAAGAAGAUGGUUUUGGCACCAACAACAACAAUAACAAUAAUAACAAUAAUAACAAUAAUAACAAUAAUGACAGUGAUGUAAAUGGUGUCAGUAAUAACAUGUUUAGUAUCAACGAUGAUUUAAAUAGAAUUAAUAAUAAUAAUAAUAAUAAUAAUCAAACCAAUCCCUACUACAAAAGUAAAACUGUGUUUAUGAAGAAUUCAAAAGAUUAUUUGUUAUUGGAUUUCGAAGAAGAAGGUAAUGAUGGUGGUGAUGAUGAUAGUAAUAAUAGAAAUGGAAGAAAUAGUCCAGCAGAGAUAAAUAUAACACAUCGUCGUCACGCUAAACGAUUUACCGCCAAAGAGAAAGAAUCGAUGGCACACAUCGAAAGUUUGGAUUUUUGUGAUGUCGAUAACAUUCUGCUACGUAAAUACGUAACACAACUUAAAAAGAGAACAAAGAUACUAAAGACCUUUGGUAAAUGGGCCAUCUGUACAUUAAUUGGUAUAUUUGUUGGUAUCGCUGUCUAUUGUCUCAAAGCAAGUGUUGAUAAAUUACAAGAUUUAAAAUUUGAUUCUAUUGAAAAAUAUAUAUCAAGUAAAUCAAUAUCAUUCUUUAUAUAUUUGUCAUUUAACUUGGCGUAUGCAUUGAUUAGUUGUGGAUUGGUCAUCUUUUUCGGUCCGUUGACAUCGUCGUCUGGGCUACCAGAGGUAAAAGGUUACUUGAAUGGUAUCCGUAUUCAAAAGGCAUUCAAUCUAAAGACUUUAAUUGGAAAGAUUGCUUCUCUUAUAUUCUCUUUCUCGAGUUGCCUUGUAUUGGGACCAGAAGGACCAAUGUUUCACAUUGGAUCAGCGAUUGGAUCAUCAAUAAGUCAAUUUAAAUCAAAAACAUUGGGCAUUCAUAUCAAGCAAUUAUGGUUUUUCCAAAACGAUCAUGACAAGAGAGACUUUAUUAGUUGUGGAGCUGCGGCUGGUAUAGCAGCAGCUUUUGGUGCGCCGAUUGGUGGAGUGUUGUUUGCAUUGGAGGAGGGUAGUUCGUUUUGGUCGAGACAGUUGACUUGGAGAACAUUCUUUUCGUGCUUGAUUGCGACGAUGGUUGCCAACUUUUUCUUGCAGGGUUUUGGGGUCAGCGUGCAUGAUUAUGGUGUGUUGACAUUUGGUGUGAGCAAGAACUACCUCUACUCGUACUGGGAAUUGGUGCCUUUUAUCGUGAUGGGUAUUGUUGGUGGAUUGUUGGGUGCCUUGUUUGUGCAUCUCAACGUGCGACUCAACUAUCUGCGUAAAAAGUAUCUCACCAGCCUCAGCAAAUUGUAUCGUGUUGGUGAGGUGGUUGCAGUGGUCUUGUUGACAUCUUUGCUCUGCUUUUUCAUCCCACUUGCAUUCAAGUGUCGUCCAUUGGCGGAUAUUGUCGAGUCGAGUACAGGAGACGUGUGCGAUAUUGUCGAUGACGUAGAGACGGUGCAGUUCUUUUGCGACAGCACUUCGUUCAACCCGCUGGCAUCACUCACGUUUACCACGUCGGAGCAGGCGCUCAAACUACUGUAUAGUCGCGACCAAGGCAUCUUUAACGAGGCCGUGUUGAUUGUAUUUUCAAUCAUCUACUUUAUCUUGUGUGUCAUUACGAGUGGGUUGUAUGUCGCAUCUGGCAUUUUCAUCCCGAUGAUGUUGAUUGGCGCCGGAUGGGGCCGUCUGUUUGGCCUGCUCGUCAACCGCCUUUUCCCAGUCGACGCGUCAAUCUACGCGUUGGUGGGGUCGGCCGCCAUGAUGGGUGGCAGUCUGCGUAUGACCAUCUCGCUCGUCGUCAUCAUGGUCGAGCUGACCGAGGGCACGCAGUACCUGCUGCCCAUCAUCUUUGUCGUCAUGACAAGCAACAAUCUACGAGCACUUGCUCGAGGUCAAGCACAUCCCCUACCUGGCGUCCCAACCGUCCAAGCAAAUGUCGCGACUAUCCGUCGCCGAAGCGAUGAGUCACACACCCAUCACCUUCCCCGAGGUGGUCACUGUGCGCAAGAUCAUGGAGACGCUCACUAA